UUCGCCGAACGUCACUACAUAGUAUACGUAGAUACAAACAGCGAAUGAGUGAUUGAAAACGGAAAAACACGCAGUGGCUUAUCAUUAACAAUAUGGCUGCUCAACGUAACGGCGCUUUUUGCUUUGUGCUCUACGCCAUUUUCUUGUUUGGCAGUCAACAAAAUGUCACCGCUUUCAACGCCAUGCCCAAAGACAAUAUUUUCGCCGAUGUGCUGCUCACCGAGCUGCUAAACCGCAUGGACAAGGACAUCGAUCCGGUGCAAAAUUAUUUCGAUUUGCUUGGUGAUGUGCCGAAAAGCGUUGAUCUGGUGUCGCGCUCCUCGAAGAACAACAACAACGGGCCGGAUGAGUACGAGUAUCGCGGCAUGUACGGUUCGCAUCCGUCCAUACGCGACCAAGAGUACAUGCAGCACAGUUCCUUAUGGGGACACCAGUACAUAAAUGGCGGCAUGGGCGAGAUGCCCAAUCGCUUUCCAGCCAUCAAGACCGAUGCCACAUUGCCGGCCUACUGCAAUCCACCGAACCCCUGUCCCUAUGGCUAUGAGGAGAGUCAAGGUUGCAUAUCGGAUUUUGAGAAUACCGCUAUUUUCAGUCGCGAAUUUCAAGCUGCUCAGGAGUGCACCUGCGACAACGAGCAUAUGUUUGAUUGCGCCGGUCAGGACAGCAACGCUAGCGCUAACGAGAUGACCUCGACCAUGGAGAAGUUCUUGAUGCAUCAAUUCCAGAAUGAAAACGGCUUGGACAAUCCAAAUGCGGUGGUUAAGAAAUUCUACGGUUUUGCCACAGGCCACGGCGGUCCCAACAAUCCCUUCUUACAGGGUGAGAAGCUGCCUAUAGCCGCCAAGAAGGGCGAUCAUAUCAGCGCUUAGGCGGGUCGCAUGUUAUUGGUGUCACUGUUAAUAGAUGUUGUCAUUAAUUGCAAAUACUUAACCAAGCACACACUUAAAUAUAUAUGUAUGUAUGUAGUGGAAUAUACUUGUGCUGUCAGAAAAUAUCAUACUAUACAUAUAAAACUUACAAUGACGAGUGACAUUGGCAUUUUUGGAGCAUCUAAAUGUUGAAAAACCAAAUUGUUAAAAUAUGCGAAUAUGAAAUGUUCAGCUCGCUGCCCUCAAGUUGAAAUAUAUAAUAAUAUUUAGUUGCUAGAAAAUGAUUUAUAACUGUAUUUAAACUUCGAAUUGUUUACAUGUGCAUGUAUAACGGCAUAUUCAGUCAACCGAAAGACGCAAUUGUAUAAGUAAUCAAGCUCUCUUACUUCCCGAGCAUUACUUUAGUCUAAUUGUUUAAGCACAUUUGUAUUAACUGUAACUAAAUUUCUUAACGGUAAUAUAUAUACAUAUGUAUACACCCAAAAUAUCGGUUGAAAUAAAGAAUAAUAAAAAUAAUUAA